AGCAUGACAAUGGCCAGCCUCAUAAACUCCUCUUGACCCCUUGUCUGUCCUCUAACCACAGAGUCCAACAGAGGGGAAGGAUACAGAAAGAGGACCUAACACAAAAAGAGAGAAAGAAAUUGCCUUUGCAAAAACACUGUUUCGUAACACAUUGCUGUCAUGGAAGUAGAGUCUGGCAUAGCCAUUUCUCAUCAACCCACCCCAACAAGAGCAGGAGUUACUUUUCAGAAACUUGUAGCGAUUCUCCCCUACAAUCCUCUGUGUCAGAGGCGUGAUUGAGAAAACCCCUCCCCUGAAAACUAGUCAUCUCAGCAUGUCACCUCAUUAGUGAGAGCAGAUGACAAUUCAAAGGGGAGAAAGAGACAGAGACAAGGAGAGUUAGACAGAGGAGAGGUCAUUGUAUGAGAUGAGAGACUACUGAUUCCAGCUGAUUUUUUAUUUAUAUAUUAUUUGCAGGUAUCAGCAUAUACUGAAGCUACUUUUACCACAUCCAUUAACCUGACAAGUGGAUGCAUUUUACUGUUCCUUGGGGAAACUUUUAAAAAGAAUUCGAGAGGAGACAAAAAGAGAAGAACGAGAAGGAGAAAGAACUGUGCCAUCUGAAUGUGGAGAGUUCCCUAGUUUGGGUUGUUUUAACUUUCCUUAUCCAGAUCGGUUCCCUCCUUCACCAUGGCGGCCAGGUGGAAACUCCUCAUACUGGCUCUGUACCUCUCUCUCGUCAUGGUCCUGUCGCAAACAGGAUGCCCUGAAGGAUAUAGUCUUGAGGACGAAACCUGCGUUGAUUAUGAUGAAUGUGCUGAGGACGAGGACUAUCCUGAUGUUAUUGGGCAAUGUGGAGAGGAUGCGACCUGUCACAACACAAAUGGCAGCUUCUACUGCCGAUGUCUUGACGGUUACAGAUCAUCAGGGGAUGAAACAUCUCCAACAUGUAAAGAUAUCAAUGAGUGUGCGGAGGACGGAGGCAUCUGUGGACUUAAUGCCAUAUGUUUUAAUACAAUUCCACAUUAUUCCUGCAUAUGUGAUGAUGGAUUCAUUUCCACUACUGGGGUGGAAAGUUUUCGCCACGGUGACAACGUUACAUGUCAAGAUACUGAUGAAUGUCUAGGGGAAAAGGUUUGUGGUCAAAAUGCAACAUGCGUCAACACACCAGGCAGUUAUCUCUGUGUCUGUAAUGCUGGCUUUGGACUGAAAUCAGGCAAAUCUAACUUCUCUGGCAAUCAGGAGCAAUGUGAAGAUACUGAUGAAUGUCAAAGGGAAAAGGUUUGUGGUCAUAAUGCAACAUGCGUCAACACACCAGGCAGUUAUCUCUGUGUCUAUAAUGCUGGCUUUGAACUGAAAUCAGGCAAAUCUAACUUCUCUGGCAAUCAGGAGCAAGAUACUGAUGAAUGUCAAAGGGAAAAAGUUUGUGGUCAUAAUGCAACAUGCGUCAACACACCAGGCAGUUAUCUCUGUGUCUAUAAUGCUGGCUUUGGACUGAAAUCAGGCAAAUCUAACUUCUCUGGCAAUCAGGAGCAAGACAUAUGUAUGAUUGAUAAGACAAUCUGCGGAAAUGGAACCUGCCACCAUGGAGCCAACAGCCAUUACUGUGCAUGCCACGCAGGGUUCACUAACUAUGGCAACAAAGGGUCUCGCUGCACUGCGUUAAACUGUGAUGUAUUCAAAAAUAUGAGCAUUCUGGAAGAGAAAUUGAACUCAUCUCAUAAUCUCAUGAUGCAGUUGAAAAAAAGCUGUCUGGACCUUACAGAAAGUGAGAAUCCGACAGAGGUGGAUGGAGAGGAACUAUUAAAGAGACUGUUGUCUUUGAUCGAUCAUCUCUUGUCCCGUGGAGCCUUCAAAGAUAACAGGAAAGUCUCCACCUUUCUGAACAUGGUGGAGAACAUUCUGGGGUUCAUAGGACCUUUCAUUAAGCCCCCCGGCACAACAAGAUCUUCCACUCACACAGAGAUGGGCCUGCGGAUACAUAAGGGGGCUGACUUACCCCAGGGAGCUGUGACUUUAUCAUCUAACCAUGUUCGGCUGGACAUCCAGUUGGAGACAGCUGCUGGAGAGCCCUCCUAUUACCCUGGCUUUACAACAGUGUCCUUGCUGAGCUAUGCAAACCUGGAAGACUCUGCAGAUGGCUUCUUUAGUGGGAUGAAACGACAAGCGGACGAAAGCUUUAAGAUCAACUCUAAAGUUGUGACCGCCACUGUCAGUAACAGAAACACAAGCCACCUCAAGGAGCCAGUCAAAUUGACUUUCAACCACCUCAAACAGUCAAAUGAAUCCAACCACACCUGUGUGUUCUGGGAUUCCUCGGAGAAUGGAGGGUCAUGGUCUGCUCGUGGCUGCAGUGUGGUGGAGUCCAGCCCUAACUACACUAUGUGUUCCUGCAACCAUCUGAGCAGCUUUGCUGUGCUCAUGGCGCUCUAUGAGAUAAAGGACAACAACAACAAUUUUGUGUUGAAGCUGAUCACCCAAGCGGGUCUGUCCCUUUCACUAAUUUGCCUGUUCCUCUGCAUCCUGACGUUCUCGCUGAUCCGCUCCAUCAAAAGCCCAAGAACCACCAUCCACCUGCACCUGUGCAUCAGCCUCUUCUUUGCCACCGUUAUCUUCCUUGCAGGCUUUUCUCGUACGGAGAACCGGGUUGGCUGUGCAGUGGUAGCAGGGCUGCUGCAUUUCUUCUUCCUGGCAGCAUUUUGCUGGAUGUGUCUGGAGGGCAUUCAACUCUUCAGGAUGGUAGUCCUGGUCUUUAACGCCAACUUCAAAAUCCUCUACAUGAUGGCAGGUGGCUAUGGAGUCCCAGCUGUUAUUGUCGCUAUAGCUGCCUUAGCUAAUCCCAAGGGAUAUGGCACCGAAACAUAUUGUUGGUUAAACCUAGAAUUCAUUUGGAGUUUCUUUGCCCCUGCCUGCGUCAUCAUCAUUGUAAACGUGUUCUUCUUUCUCAUCACUGUGUGGAAGUUGGCACAGAAGUUCUCAAGUUUAAACCCUGACCUGGACAAUCUGCAGAAAAUAAAGGCGUUCACCAUCACUGCAGUGGCUCAGCUGUGUUUGUUGGGCACCAUGUGGAUCUUUGGUUGCUUCCAGUUUGAGGACACAAUAAUCUCAUCUUACCUGUUUACCAUCUUUGGCAGCUUUCAGGGCGUUAUGCUCUUCGUCAUGCAUUGUCUGUUUUCUAAACAGGUGAGGGAAGAAUAUGGAAACAUCCUGUCCAGAUUCUGUGCACCUGGGAAGAAGAGCUACUCAAACUUCAAUUACUCGCACACGAGCAAAGCUCAUGCAUCAAAGAGCACCCAGGACACAGGAGAGUCUCGCAUCUGAGCAGAGAAACAGUGACGUGGGCGCAAAGUCCGAUUUAUUUCCUAAAGACUGCCAUCUCAGACAUUGGGCCAACUACUGCCCUGCCAUUUGUGGAAAAUGCAAAAUGUUGUAAAUAGUAUCCUUCUUUACAUUUUUCUUUACUUUUUUGUUAUUGAGCUGGUCUUUGUAUUUGAAGCUAAAAUGGAAUUGUUGAUGGUUAUAAUUUAAUAGAAUUAAGGAUUUCCUUCAAAAUGAGAAAUUACAUUUGACAGUAUUACCAUAAUAGAGACUAUUCUGUUUUUAAAAACUGAAUGUUUUGAUAUUUGAGUAAAGAUGUUAAGAUGAUCUGUGAUUUAAGCACAUAGUGUACUUUAUUUUCAUGUCAACACUUAUUUUAUUUGAGUAUUUAUUAACGGUAAAAAAUGAAUCUCUUAUUUUGGACCAAAAUAUCAAAGUGAUAGAUCAUUUUAUGAAGACCUGUUUAAUCAGGUACAUCUAACAUGGCUUGUCAUGUCAUCCAGGUACUUUAUUCAAUCAGCAACAAUCUGAAAGACAUUUCUGAGGCAAGCACCUUUUUUCUGUAUAAUUUAAAUUUAAUUUUUAAAUUGAUAUUAUCUAAAUAUCAUCAACAAAAGGGAGGAUAGCUAUGAAACAGAAAUACAUUUAAAUUUAUGUUUGUGUAUAUUGCUGGGCAAUAGUUGACUACAUUCCUGCUUUAUUCAGCGUGCUGUAUCAUGUUAAAUUAAUUUUUCCAAAUAGUUUAAAAGAGUUUUUUAUUUAUCUAGUUUUAAACUUGAAUGUUUAAAGAUAACUUUUUUUUAUUAUUGUCUAUAAGAAUGUUAGUACAAUUUUGACUUUCUGAUUGAUGUUUGGUCAAAAUACCUGUCUUUUGUGCUGUAUUUUUCUUGCCUCUCCUGGAAGCUUUAAAUGAAAUAAAUAUCCUGAUGUACCUCA